AUGUCAGCAUCUGCUUCCGUUGAUCCAGAAACACCUACUUCUGCCACCCCUAUUCCUAAUGAAGAAAUAAGCUUGGAUGAGAAUCCAGUGAAGGAAGAAGAUAAACAAGAACAAAAUGGUAAGCCGAUUGAUGUAGAAAAGGCUAAGAGCACAUUUCAAGAGAAGGCAAAAAAUUAUUUAAUUGACCAGUCGAGUCACAUUGUGAUUCCAUCUUUCGCCAAGUGGUUCAAUAUGAAUGAUGUUCAUAGCAUAGAAAAGAAACUGUUUCCCGAUUUUUUUCCAGUUAAAGAAGGCGACGAAUAUAGGUCUAUUUACAAGACCAAGGAAAUCUAUAAGAACAUGAGAGACUUCAUGAUUAACUCGUAUAGAAUUAAUCCUUUGGAGUAUUUGACUGUUACCGCCAUUCGUCGUAAUUUGGCAGGGGAUGUCUCAAGUAUAAUCAGAAUCCAUCAUUUCUUAGAAAAAUGGGGUUUGAUUAAUUAUCAGAUUGAUCCAAGAACUAAAUCCACAGUAGUUGGACCUCAAUAUACUGGUCACUUCCAGGUUACAUUGGACACGCCAAAAGGGUUGGUUCCAUUUAUUCCUGAUAAUAUCGAAGUCAUUGAUUCUGCGAAAGACUUACCUUCACCACCAAAUUCAGUUGAAAACGAAAGCGCCAAUGAAAAUGAUCAAGCAGACUACGAGAAGGAUCAAAAUAUUAAGGUUAAACAAGAAAUCCCAAUAAACAUGGAAGUUAGACGUAAUAUAUAUACUAACUCCAAUGACGUGUCGAAAAAUAUUAAUACUCAAAACAUGAUCCAAUACUUCUGCAACACUUGUGGUAAGGAUACAAGUGAAGUAAGAUACCACAAUUUAAAAAGCAAGUCCUAUUCGGCCAACCCUAAUUCAAAUAUAAACAAUGCUUCUGUGUUGUGUAGUACAUGCUUUGAUCAAGGAUUAUUCCCUCUGAAUUUCCAAUCAUCCGAUUUCAUCAAGUUACAAAAAAAUAAGGACAAUAUAGAAUGGUCAGAACAAGAAAUUUUAUUGUUGUUGGAAGGUAUUGAAAUGUUCGGAACUUUUGAUGCCAGUUCAAAUAAUGCAAACGUUUCAUUGAAUUCUAAUGCAAAUGGUCAGUGGGAUAAAAUUGCGGAAUUUAUUGGCACGAAAACAAAGGAACAGUGUUUGAUCAAAUUUAUACAAUUGCCAAUUGAAGAUAGAUACUUAAACAAAUUAAUACACUCCAAUAGAAAGGAUGACUCUUUCAAUCAAGAAAAGCUUGUCCAAGACAUUGUGAGUCAAAUAAUCUCAAACAAAUCAGGACAAGCUUUAGUGAGAGAAAAUUCAUUGAAAAGUUUAAAUGAAUCGAUAACUGAACAGUCGAAUUUAAUAAACCAAAUUACAGAAUUGACUUUAGAAAAGUUCCAAACCAAGGUGAAUAAUUUGAAUAACUUAGAGUCAAAUUUAAUUGAAAUCGAAAAUUCAUUAAACUUAGAAAGAAAGCAAUUAUUGAUCGAAAGAUGGUCGAACUUUGAAAAAAUUAAUAAAUUCAAGAAAUCUCAAGAGAACUUGAGUCCAGAAUUGAAUAGCUUACUUGAUGAUUUGUUGACGCCAAUAAAUGUGAAUGAAAUCAAUAAAUCGUUUAAUAAUAAUUUCAAGUUGAAUAAUGAUUCAAACAAAAUGGAUGUUGAUAGCUCUAAUAAUUUGUUAAACAGUAUUGAUAAUGAUAGCAUCCCGGUAAGUAUUGCCAAACCGAAGAAUUAUCAAUUCUGGUCUGGUUAA